AUGGAUAACGUCAAGUCCGUCUCUUUCGUGGACCGCGUCGGCUCUCGCUUCAACGUGCUGUACAGCUUGCUCCUCUUCCGAGCGCUGCACCUGCUCCUCACGAUUGUGGCCUGGCAGCAUUUCUUUCAGAACAAGUACUACGUGCAGCUCGCGAACGUGCCCGAGGGCGCCCCGAACUACUGGCUUAAACGGUUGAUGCCACCCUUUGAGUUUGGCCUGAUGCAUGCCAUCCUCUUCCAGCUGGCACUCCUCCCGUUGACGAUGGCCAAGCGGCUCCUCGCCCUCUUGUCCACCGAGGUCCUGGGCUCGACCUUUCCCUUUCAGCAUAUCAUGCAGUUCCACAUCCAGGUCGGCUACGCCUUCUGCAUCCUCCUCAUCGGCGCCACCAUCGGCUUCUUCGGCUUCUUCGGAAAGAUUUGCUACGACUUUCGUCACGGGCUCGACCCGGCCGACUUUUGCUCCAAGCUCCGCUCUGAGAUAUUCGUGACCGGGCUAGUCACUGCCGUCUCAACGGCCAUCGUGCUGAUCACAUCGUUCAUCCGCGGCCGCGUGCCGUAUGAGCUCUUCAAGAUCGCGCACGGAUUCGUCUUCGUCAUGUUCCUCGUCGCAGCAGUGCACACCUUCGACAAGCCGGUCCGCGAAGGCACUCUCCGGAGGUCGCAGACGCUCUCGUGGUUUGGCGCGUCCAUGACGCUCUACCUCACAGACCGGGCCUGGUGCUUCUUCACCACACACCGGUGCCGCGUGCUCGAGGCUGUCUCGACCGGAAAGGUCCUCCUCCUCCGUGUUGAGCGGCCCGCCGCGUUCCGGUUCUGCGCUGGGCAGUACGCACAGAUUUGCGUGCCGGGCAUCGACCCCUUCUGGCACCCCUUCUCCAUCGGGUCGGGCAACGAGGCCAACUACCUCUGCUUCCUGAUCGAGGUGAAGCCCGGCCAGUCGUGGACAGGCCGGCUCGCGUCAGACGCCUGCAUCGCCAAGCUGCUGAGCGGCGAGGCCGCGCUGCAGGUCCGUGGGCCUUACGGCUACGCGGUGGCCGAUCUUGCGCGGGCCGACGCAGUGCUCGGCGUCGGCACGGGCACCGGCGUCGUGCCGAUGCUGUCCCUGAUGCAGGAGCGCGCCCGCGCCAUGUCUCUCGUGGGCAAGGCGGCCCUUGCAAAGGCGAAGCUCGACCGCAUGGCGGCCACGACGAUUGCCGAAGUCGAUGUGCCGGCUCCUCGGCAGGCGCGCUUCUCCGGGGCGGACGAUGCACGGGCAGCAGCGGCCACAAAGAUCCAGCACGCUGUCCGACGCGCCAACCUUGCGGACGAGUCGGCCUUCAUGCGCGCGCUCUUUCGCCGAGGGACGCACACGAGCUUGCAUGCCGUCUUCGACAUCGUCUCCUGGCUGCUCAUCCUGGGCGAGGUGACGUCGCUGGGCCUGGCCUUCUCGUGGUCGACUCUCUCGGAGGCGGCGAGGGCGGAGUGGCAGGGCAGGGCCCUCGAGGUCGCCGCCGCCGUGCUGCUCGCGGGCUACUCGCUCCACUUCGUCUACCGCUACGCGUUCCCCACACGCUUCCUCCGCUCGCUCUGGGCAUGGCUGGACGGACUCUUCACGAUGGGGUCCAUUGCGUUGCUCGCGGUGUGGUGGUCCGAAAGCACCGGCAACUUCGGCUCGCCGACGGCGCUCCAGCUUCUGCUCCGCACGCUCCUCGCUGCUUGGCGCGUGUGGCGCCUGCUGCAGGCCUCCCCGCUCCUCCGCGCCUCGUGGCAUCGGCAGGCGCGCUCGCCAAACUCGCUCGGCGCGGAGCAGUACAAGAUGAUUUGGGUCUGCCGAGAUGCUGGGCUAGCGGCCGGCUACAUCCCGCGGGUCAACCGGCUGGUGGACGAGCUGCACCGUAGCCUGUACGGCAAGCCGGCUACCGCCUCCGAGUGGAAAGACCGGCUUGGCCACUUCAUCGACUUCACAAUCUACGUCACUGACACCGACGACGACAGCGGGACGCUGGCGGAAGGCAGCAUCGUCUACGAGCGGCCGGACCUCUUCGAUGUGAUCCUCAAGGAGAAGCAGCGGCAAAUCGUCAACUACGGUCUCGGGGCGAAGGGGUCGCCCGCCUUCACGUACAACGCCGUGGGCCGCAUCUGCCAAGAGGCCGCAUUCGCGAGCAACCAGCUGGCGACGCUGCUGAGCUGCCCGCAGUUCGUGACAACUUUCCGAGAGGAGUACUACGGCUUCGCCCCGCCCGUCGUGCGGAAGUCGGGCGUAGCCGCCGUCACUCCGUCCAGCCUGGACGCCUCCCCCACCUCCCGCGCCCGCUCCCGCGCCGAGCAAUCGAAGAAUUUGGCAAGGCUGAAGGCGGCCUGGGGCGGAUCACAUACAGCGGAACCGCAACCGCGAACCUAGAGCCGCUAGAGCCGUUCUCGCUAGCACAGUCGCCGACAUGCGCCAUGCAGCAACUCAGCGGUGCCAGCCCAGGGGACGAUACCGAUGGAGGACCUCGCCGGUGCGGUGGCCCGCGGGGCGGCCGGCGCGGCGGCCACCGGAGCCGCCCGCGGCGGGGACGGCGGGGCGCGGCGCCUGCUGGUGCGGGUGCGGCGACCGGCGCGGGUGCCGCGCCCGCCUUCCGCCAGGCGAUUGCCAACUUCGCCGCCGCGCUCUAGAAUAGCACCGGCCGGUGCUGGCGUGGAAGACGGCGGGGCCAAUCCGCGCGUAUCUCUGUGUCUCUCUUUUUUUAUCGUAAAAUAGUAUACGUGG